GUCGGACUUUAAAAACUCAUCACUUGUCACAGGUGAGUUGACGUGUCAUCUGUCUGAGAUUACCUGGUGUCAUCCUGAGCCUGCAUGGUCCUGAGCCGGACAAAGGUGUUUGUUCUCAGAAGUAUACAAGCCUGGAGAUAUCACAGUUGGAAAAGAGCAUCCCAGAAAAUGGCAUCAUCAGAUGUGGGGGACAAACCAAUGGUUCUGACGUCACACGUGGAUGAGCUGUUCGCCUAUCCGCAGAUAUUCGUACCUGUCAUGGAAAAAUACUUCCAAGUUGUGUGGUGGGAAGAUUUCGAAAAAGACAUGGAGAGAUAUGCUAGGCACAUACAAGGGGUGUUGGUGAAUGGAGGGCUCCCCAAAGUCACUGCAGAACUCCUGGACACCUUGCCAAACCUGAGGAUCAUCAGUACACUGAGUGUCGGGAUGGAUCAUCUGGACUUACAGUUGCUGAAGUCCAGAGGUAUCAAAGUCUCCAGUGUGCCUGAUGUGAGUAGUGACUGUGUGGCAGACUGGGGCAUGACACUGCUGACUGCAGCUGCCAGGAGGCUGCCUGAAGCCAUUAAGUCAGCUACAGACACGACGACUCCGUUUAACUACAACAUCCUGGGUAAGAAGAUCACAGGUUCCACCCUGGGGAUUGUGGGUCUGGGGAGGAUUGGCUACGGGAUUGCUGAGAGAGCGCUUGGCUUCAAGAUGAAGGUCCUGUACUUCGACAUAAUGAGACAGCCUGAGAGAGAGGCAGCGCUGGGGCUGGAGUUCCACAGCUGUCUGGACCAGCUCCUCCCCAACUGUGACUUCAUCAUCAUCGUCGUUCCGCUCACCCCGCAGACGCACGGCAUGAUGGGCAGGGAACAGUUCAAACUCAUGAAACCAUCUGCUAUUUUUAUCAACAUCGCACGUGCACCAGUGGUGCAUCAGGACCAGCUGGUGGAGGCUCUGCAGAACAAGACUAUCCAGGCUGCAGUGUUAGAUGUCACCUCCCCAGAACCCCUCCCCCCCGAUCACCCCCUCCUCCACAUGCCCAACGUCAUCAUCACCCCCCACAUGGGCGCCAACAGUCUGGAGUCCCGCAGGGGGGUGGUGGAGGCUGGGUGUGAGAGCUGCACUGCAGCCAUCAGGGGGGGAGCUAUACCCCGGGAGGUGGUACUAAAGUAAGAUAUAUUAUGCACAUGUAUUAUGGCUUUAUAAUAGCCAACGAAAAUAGUAAGGAUUUUGAUAAUUCAGCCUAAAUGUGACAAACUAAUGAUUUCAUGAGUUUUUCUUAUCCAUCCUAGUACCAUAUAAAAGUUUCUUGCAUGACUUCAUGAGUGUGAAUUUGUCAUACGCCUAGAGAAAAAUUGUCAAAAUACAUUGUCAAGCUAAUCCAAGUUUGUAGGGAGAUAACACCUUCUUCUAUCCAAUAUCUAUCACCAAAACAAUCCUUCAGUUUUCUAUAGUUCUAUUAGCUGAGCAGUUUGUCUCAGAGCAGAUGUACAAUUAUGUAUUUAUGUCAAAGAGCCAUUUCUGAAGACACUGAUGUCAAUUUUACAUUAAGAAUCACCGCAACGGUCCAGGAUUGCAAUGGAUCCAGACAACAUCAGCACAGUCAUCUUUUUGUAUAAUCAAUUGCCAAAUCUGAUCAAGGGGACAUUGAACUGGAAAAUGCUGGACAGUAUGCAAAACUUUUAUUUUGUCACCCAAAAUACAUGUAGGACGAAUGUACUGUUUGGUUUGGUUUGGUUGUACUGAGAGCAGACCUGGGUAUGGGAUGUGGGGAGGGCUGGCAGGAACACAGACAGGAUGACUUGUUGCUUUGAACAAUAUAAUCUAAAAACACUAACAAUAGAGUUUAAGGACUGGGUGGAGAAAACUUGAACAAAUGUUGGGCCAUGCUUGGGUUCAGUAGAAGUUCUGCACUUGCUACAUGUACAUUGGGAACGUCUGUCAUAAUAAAUAUGUCAGCUUGCACAGGUGAGGCAAAAGUACAGGAAAAUAGUUUUUUUUUUUUUUAAAUCUUUCUUUAUUGAAUUUUCCAAAAUAAAUUAACGGUAACAAAAUAUGGCAGGAAAAUAGUUGAUUAUAUGAUGUAACGUUACACUACUGUAGAACAUAAUUUUAGGUAAGACUGGUUGUGCUUGGGUAUCUGUCCGUGCUGAGCUCAGUUUUAUUGUUGCAAAUAGGACGAAUAAAGGAUGUUUAAAUGCCAGAGGGUACACUUACAUGUAUGUGUCUACAUUUAUUUAUUUACCAUGAUUGUGCGAGGUAGUAUAUUAAUAAUAAGUUAAUUUAGGUGCUACACUACAACUUACGAGACUGCAUCAGAGUUCUGUCCA